AGUACAUGAUAACUAACUGUGGAAUUUGCUGUGUAUCUAUAACGUAUUUACUGAACCCACUUCAAACAGUUUUGUGUUCAUGGGAUGCCAGAGCCCUCAUUGCCACCCUGGAUGGGAUGCCAGAAGAGCAGCUAUCCAGAACUGAAGCUUAGAGGUGUUUUGGAUUCUUUUUCCAACAGAUAUCAAAGUGGUAAUAACGAUACACCCAUCACUGCCUAAAAUGGCCAUAUAUUUAUACUAAGUAUUAGAUAUAGUUACAAAUUAAAACUGAGGAUUGGUGAAAGUCAAUGUGUGGUUUUAAAUCAAAGUUUUCCAUUUUAAAAAUUACAUGCUAUUUGUUUGAGGAUUACAGAUGCAUUAAAAGUUAUUUAGUAUCACAGCUGCUUGUGUGUUAGGAUUUCAGUGAUUUGCAUUACUGAAAACUUUGAAUAUAUGACUGAUUGUCAUUUGUACCUGUAGUCACAGCAAUUUGUCAGAUGUUUGCCCCUCUAGUGCAGAUAAUGAAAUUUGACUCAAAUGUCAAGUUUGAAUAGGAGGCAAGUUUAACAUAAAAAUAAAUUUAACGCCGGAAAUGACAUAACAAAUACGCUUGAAAGGUAACUAAAGUGGUGAGCCAGCUGGGCUUCUGUGCUGCUGCAAACGUUGGAAUUAACUCUUCUGUGAAAAAAAUAAAAUCCUGUUAAACAGACUAUUGACUUUAAAAAAUAAAAACAACCAAAUUUUGCCAAUUUCUUAUCUAAGGAAUUGCAAAGUCCCUGCUGAAGUAAACAGGUACAAAGAAAUGAAUGAAUGGGAUGGCAAAUUGGACACAAAAAUAUCAGUUGUUUUGUGUUUAAUUUUGGCACAAUCUUUAAAUGACUGCAUAUUAUAUAUUUUUUUAAUAUUAUUCACUUGAAGGUUAAAUGAAAAUAAAGGGAUACCCAGAGUCAAUGAUGUAUGAUGUUUUUAAAUAAUAUAAUUGCAUAAUUUUAUUUUACUUUCAUCUUAACUAACUAAUCAAUUUUUAUUUUUGGUGAAUUCCUGUUUUAUUUAUGUAAUUGGUGUUUUAUUCUCUUUUCCUUAUUCCUUAUUUUCAAACCAGCAUCCAGUUUAAUUUAUCUUUACUCAUGUCACCCUGCUCUCUAAACUUUAUUAAUAUAUUUUAUUUUGCAAUUUUGGUUUGAGAAAGUUGCUGUACCAACAAGAAUAUCUGCAACUGCUGAGACUCUGUUCUGAUUCAACAAAAGGUAAUGAGAGGAAAAGAGAAUCAAAUGAAAAUGGGAGAAUGGAGCCUACACAAAAGGAAAACCACAAGAAAGGGGGCAAUAGAGGAAGAUAGGUUAGAUGAGGCCAUUGUUGAUCAGGAAAUCCAGAAGGUGGAGAAGUUUUUGAAGAUUUUUCAAAAAAAAGAAGAGGUUAUUGAGUAUAAAAUCAGCAAGCUGAAUGAGGCAGUGAAGUACCUGAAUCCAUUAAGGGCUCGUACUCAAAUAGCAGGUCUACUGAUCUUUGGGGGUUUGGUGUUGACAUCUGCUAUGAAACUUGGAGCUUCCUUUCAAACUGCUGUUUUUAUCUCAAUAGUAGUUACAUUUAUUUUUGUACUAGCUGACAAAAAGUCAUUUAAAUACAGAAUGCGUGAAUUAAAGGAAAGUACUACAUUAGGCCUCUUGGAAGUUGGCUUGUUGGCCAGUGGUGCUGCAGAAGCUCUUUUAUGGUUAAGUAAGAUACCUGAACCAUCAACCCAGUGUGGAAAAAUUCAGCGCUUCUUGAAAGUGUUGCGGACAGAGGUAGGUCUCAGGAAGCUAAUGGAAACUGUAUCCGAGUUAAGCUUGAGGGAAUAUGACUGUGUUGAAGGGACAACUUUGAGUGCACAAGACAAAAUAUUCCUGGAGAUUUUCCCUCACCGCCUUGACCAGCUGUACUCAAUGUUCGAAGCCAUCAUAGAAGCAGACACCAACCAAGACAGCGAACUUAAUUCCAGACGGAUUUGUGAGUGUGCAGAAAAACUGCAGGAGAACCUCAAAGCAAUCCAUUGUAUCUAUUCAGAAUUAACCAAAUUUUCUAAAGUGUAGGCGGCCCAACUUUCUAGCUUAGAGGACAGUUUGCUUAAGGCUCCUCUCAAACUGUCAGAAUUCAUUCUUCUGUAAUACUGCGAGAGAGAACUUAAGAUUAAAUCAGGAAGCUUGAUUCAACCAAAUUGCAAAUUGAAAGUGUAAAAGGCAGCAAAUAAGGAAACAGUCUUAUCAGACUGUACACACAAGGGCAGGCUUCAAGUGCAUGGAAAGUCUUCUUCAAUAUGUACACAUUGCUUUGUUAUGAAUCCCCAAUAGAGGACAGCAUACUUCUUUUGUGUCAGUGUACAAAGGGUGAGCUGUAUUUUGUUGCUGCUGUUGGAUAUCCUGACUAUUUUAUGUCUGCCUCAGUUCAAAACAGUGCAUAUUGUAUUUAUGAGUAACCAUACAGUUUAAAAUCGGGUUCAGAAGUAGGAUGCCAUCUUUCUGGACUUGCAAGUUCAGAGUGAAUAAAUACAGGUGUCUCAAUAAUGGUUACUUCAAAUGCAUCCACAUUCUUGUCUUGAAAUUGAAUAUUUGGUACAAUGGCACAUUGAUUGUUGCUGUUGCUUUGCAUAAAGCAGGGAAGAUGGGAAUUCCCAAGUUAAUACCACAUCAGCUCAUGUUAUUUUGCUUUAAUGGACUUCAGCAUGCAUCUUUGAAUUUUAAAAUGCCCAAGCAGAAAAGACAAGCAGAACUGUGAUUUUAUCACUCGUUAAUGGUCAUAGAACCUCGUAAGUAUAUUUGUCCAGGUGCCCAGGACUGCUGUGUCUUGACUUUUUGUUUUCCCAUUUUCUGCUGUUCGUAUUUAGUUUUUAUGUUAACAGGAAUUUACUGUAUAUCAUCAUGACUUUGUCUAUAUUAAAAAAUGGGAUUCAUUUCUGUUGUUUGUUUACCUUGAUAUUUAUUUCUAUAUAUUUAAAUAUUGUAAGACUUUCUACUUCUACAUCCAUUUGAAAUGCUGAUUCCCUCAAUGUGUUUAAGAAGGCUGUCUUGUUUGGUAAAUUUCUGUCUAACAGCUGUUAGGUUUUGCAACUUAGAAAUUGUAAUUCGCUUGUGUUUUGUUCUGAGCUUUUCACUUGUGGUGAUCACUUUUGUAACCUAGCUCUGUAAAAUUUGUUCCCAAACAUUCCCCGAGAAUAAUGUUUACUCGAUUAUGUUGCUCUAUUUUGUAAGUGUAAGUUGCUUUGGAUAAAAGUGUCUGCUAAACAAAUAAAUGUAAAUAUAAAUGCACUUUUCUUAUUUACUUUCACUGUUGUGUGUUCUCUGGUGCUAAAGGGUGAACACAG